ACUCCAUUUUGGAAACAGCUGUUUGAGAAGUACCAUUCCCUCAUUGUUUCCCUGAGGUUCCCAGAGAAACAUCCCGCUUUCGGAUACUUUUUUUUUAUCACUAAUCCAGACCAACGUCCUUAUAAGAUUUACACUACGUGUUGCAGAUGAUCCCGGAAACUUAAUUGGUGUUUGAUCCGAUUGUAACAAGUAGAUAAGAAAGGCUUGCGAAUCAAGGCUUGCUGCUUACGGGGAAUGUUGUGCCUUCACUUCCACCCUCCUCAUUCUGUACAAAGCAAAUUGAAUCACUGGACAUCUACAUCCUGGUAGAUUUGUUGGAGAGGACAAGGCUGCGGCUGCGAGACCUGGUGCAGCUGUGGAUAUGUUUUAGCCCUGCUCAUUCCUCUUUUUUCAAGCUGCACAGACACAGCUGCCCUUGCCCCAUACCGACGGACACUGGGAACCACCAGUUGUACAGUGUUGUAGUCCCUGGCAGGAUCCAUGACCCAAUUUAAUAUGGGCUAAGAAGAAAAAGACCGAGCAGGGAGGAAUCGAUAGCUAAUGUGUAAUGAGGUUUCAGGUCAUGGACAGAUGAUGGAUGUGGAGACAACAACGUCGUACUCUGACUUCAUCAAUUGUGAUCGUACAGGCCGCAGGAACGCAGUACCUGACAUCCAGGGACAGGGGGCAGCAGCCAGCACCAGUGAAUUAACCAAAGGCAUGGAAGGGAUGGACCUGAAGGCUGCAGAAGGAGAGACUGGUGCAUCACCAGCACCUGAGGGUGAAGGGUCAACCAGCCAAGAGGCCCAGGGAGUCAAGGGCCCAUCAUAAACCACCUCACAGGAGAGGAGAGAGGGACACAGACAGGAAGGGACAGCAGGAGACACGGAGAGAGGGGAUCUACUGGUUGUCCUGCCUGCCCGAAUCCUACUCCUCAACAGCGAUGACAUAAUCUCUCACUGUGUAGCUCUGAUGGAGCUUUGCUGGUCCAGUUGCAUGAUACUUCCUCUCCUUUAUCAAUUGGCAUUGUGGGAAAUGGAGUUGACAGAACUUGACAGUUGACAAGUAGGACUACAUCUAAUCCUGGCCUAUAGUUGCUGCUGGAAUACAGUGGUAAAGGAAAUGUUCUCAUAUCACUAUGAGAAAACACAGAACUUUGGACCGAACUCCCAUCAAGAAGAAGAGCUAUACAGAAUCUAUAAUCAUUUGUUACUCCUUUUGUUAUGUGUACGUUUGUGGCCUAGUUAAAAAUGUUCCUUAGUUUAUCCUUUCUUUUACAAGAACACAUGAAGUUGCAAUUACAAUGUACUGUAAUGGAGGUCAUAUUUAUUUCAAAUGGUUCUCUGAUAUCUUUGUAAUUGGAAUUUCUUUGUGCAAUAAAAUGUGUAGUAAGUGC